AUGCUCAAACUGGACCUCGAAAACGUCAUUUUGUUUCUCACACCAUUGAAUGAUGCCGCACGGGGAGCGACCUACUUGCCUGCUAAUAAAAGCCGUGUGGUCAUCGACAGCCAUGAUCCCCAGCACCGAGUAAUUUCUCUUGCCUUUACCUCUCCUCCAAGCAACCCCAGAAAAGGUUUUGUUUUUGGGUCUGGUAAAAAGAGUGAUAUCCGCUUAAAUUCUCAAUCCAUUACCGAUCCUCACUUUAGCAUCGACCUCAGCAGCAAUGGAGUUACAAUCCUUUCGAACAAAUCCUUAAAUGGGACGAGUAUUGGGAAAAGAACACUAAAAAACCGACAGAUCCAAGUUAUUGAGCAGAAUGCGAUUAUCGGUUGCGCAGAACUCAAGUUCCGUGCCACGACGCCAGGCCGAGGAUUGGCCCAACAGCUUUACAACAUGAGGGUAACAAACUAUUGGGCAUAUAAGCUGUUUGGGCGUGAUAUGAGUUAUGCAACCGCGCAUACAACUUCGAUUUCGUCUCGCGAGAAAAUUGGGAAGUACUGGGAAGUUGGAAAUCUCGGAUCCGGCGGCUUUGGAUGCGUCUCUAAGCUUAUUGAUUCCACCUCGGGCGAUGUCUUCGCAGGAAAAAGGUUUAUCAAUUUGGGAAACUCAGAGAAUAGGAGGUGUGCACAUUCAGAGAUCAAGACGCUCCAGCAACUUUCACAUCCAAACAUUGUUAAAUUCAUAGAUCAAUGCUACCCAUCUAAUGGGAUCCUAUACUUGGUCAUGGAAUACCUUCCUGGUGGCAGCUUGAAAAGUUGCGGCCGGCUGAGCCGAUCAACCGUUAUUGAGUCAUUGCGCCAAUGUCUUGCGGGUCUUGUAUAUCUACAUGGACUCAACAUCAUGCACCGGGAUAUUAAACCGGAUAACAUCGGUGUUGUGUCUCUUUGCCCUUUGCAAGUGAAAUUGAUCGACUUUGGGUUAGCGAGUGCAGAACCAAUCUCCAGAACCCAGUGCGGGACAGUAUUCUACUUCGCGCCAGAGUUAUUUUUAGGAUCUCCCUAUACCCCUGCAGUUGACAUUUGGGCACUUGGAAUAACAGCAUUGGAGCUGCUGAGUGGACUUCCAAAGGAAGCGGGGCGGAAACUACUAGAGGACUCGACGUCAGGACUUAACAUUUAUGCAUAUCUAAAUGCGAUUUUGGAAACCUUGAACGACUUACCAGAGCCAUCUAUCAGAGCUUUCGUGUUGGGUAUGAUUGAAAGCAAAUGCCUGGUCCGCUGGACAGCGGAACGAUGCUUGGAAGAGAUCAGAUCUAUUGAGCACUCUGACAUGGGUAAUGCUGAUGAACUUAUGGCGGCCAUCCACGACUGGCAAACCCCUAGCGACAAUCCUGUGCCGGCUCCGAACCCAAUGGACCAUAACAUGGCGGAUUUUAAUUUCCUGGAUUUCAACCCUACGGUUCGCGCGAAUGCGGCAAAUCCCAGUAGGCCGUGCCAAAACAACAUGCUUCCUACUAAGAAUGUGGAGGACGUUGAUCCCGCAAUUCAACAGCGUGCGCCGGACGCAAACCCGAAUCCUCCUAAUAUGCCGCCUAUAGUCCAGCAUCUCACAGCAGCUCACAAACUCCCCGCACUUCCUGAGCUUCAAGAUCAAGUGCGGAAAACCUCGCACAAACCCUCGAGCGUUAGAUCCUCGUCAUUUGUUAUCCGGAACAACAGUCUCCAUGCUGCGACUAACAAUAUCACUCCGGCGGUUGAGAACCCGCAAUCCGGCGAUCCCCAGACCAACUCAGUCUCAAAUUCCGAUCAGUCUUCCAAUUCCAACUCAGAGCCCGAUUCCGAUCGAGACUCAAAUCAGGACCCCGAACCCAUUGCCCAAAAAAUUGAUUAA